AUGACAGAAUUGAAGAAAAGGGAGAUAUUCCAAGUUGAUAGGCUCUUGAUCUUCGGACCGAAAUGCCGAGAUGGCGUCCAAAUAUUGAAAAACUCUGAACAAGCAAAAGAGAUAAACUUACUUAAUACAAGGUCAUCAACCGAUUCUGCAGCUUCUUUUGAGCUUACGUUCUAUGUUGGGCUAAUGACUUCGCAAAUAUCAAGGAAUUAUGAUCUGCCGAUAGAAAAGAACACGAAUGAUCAGCGACCGAAAAUAAUUGCACAGUAUAUUCAGCUAUUGUUCAACUCUGUGGUGGUCACAGUAAUCCUAUUCUUUGCGUACCAGUUUGUCACAUUAGUAAAAAAAGAUGUUGACUUCAAAUUGCAAAGAAAAUUGGUGGAAAAUGAUUACAGGAUCCAACGUUGUGAGGAAAACUAUGUAAGAAAUCAAUGUGAACCAGAGCUGCGUGUACCCGCCCUAGAAGAACUUUGUAAUGAAUGGUUUCAUUGCAUGCAGGAAAAGGAGGAAACCCCUAAGGGAACAGUUGUACAUAUUUCAACGACAUUAUGGGCUCAAACCUUGGCGGAAGUGGUUAAUGCAUUUAUAGAGCCAAUAUCUUGGCGUACUUUGUUUUUCAUUUUGUUAACUACAUGUUCCAUUGUAGCCGUAACGAACAUUGCGUUUGGAUCCUACACUGUUCAUUACCAACCAGAACAAGUGAUUCGAGAUAGGUAA